AUGGCGCAACGUGAAGGGGCUAUGUCUCCGGAGGAGAUGAGAGGGUCAUCCUCUUCGGACAAAACCUACUUCGACUACGACCAGCCUCCCCUGUAUCGCCUCGAAGACAUCUUCGUAGACUUGACUCAAAAUGCAUUGUCGAAUGAUCUUGGAAAAGCCUUGAGAAUAUUGAAGGAUCGACCUUUGCGUGUUGCAACCGUAUGUUCGGGUACUGAGAGCCCGCUGUUGGCUAUGAACAUGGUCAAGAAAGGCGAGUAUCAAGUCACCCUUCAAAAUAUUAUGCACAUAGUUCUGACCACGCUAGCUGCAGCCCUGGAGAAACUCCAAACCGGCUUGGAUUUGGAAUUCGAACAUGUUUUCAGUUGUGAGAUUGUUGCUUACCGACAAGCGUACAUUGAACGCACCUGCCGCCCUCCGCUCCUCUUUCGAGAUAUAAAAGAGCUGAAAGAGCCAAAGGCCUACACAGCCUAUGGGGUCCACGCGGACGUACCUGACAGCGUUGAUCUUUUGAUCGCUGGCACUUCCUGCGUAGACUUCUCAAACCUGAACAACAACAAAAAGGAACUUGCCGAAACGGGCAAAGGCGAAUCUUCGAAAACAUUUUUUGGCCUUUUGAACUACGUGAGAAAGCACAAACCUGCAAUCCUCAUCCUGGAGAAUGUGAAAGCCAAGCCGAAAGUUUGGGAGGCUAUGGCGGACCACUACAACACGCAUGGUUAUGCAACAGAGAUCAUCGAUGUUGACACCAAAAACUUUUAUCUGCCGCAAACACGCCAGCGAAGAUACAUGGUGUGCAUCAGGAAGGAGAAUGGUCCCAAGGGAUCAGUUGAGCAAAAACUUACUCAGGUGAAGACCCUGGUCAACAGUCUGAAGCGACAAGCAAGUUGCCCGGGCGGAUUCUUCUUGCUUGACGAGAACAGCAAACAGAUGAACCAGAUCGUCAACGAUCGCGACAUUGUGACGAAAAAGAACAGUUCGACCGAAUGGACCAAAGCACAGAAUUUGCACCGAAACCAACGUCAGGAAUUCGAUCUAGGUCAGCAAAAGCCUAUCAGCAACCCCGGGUCGAAAAUGGAUGCCCGUAAAGGACCCGACUUUUACAUGCAUACGUGGUUCAAUUCAAGAGGUGAACGAGAGAAGGACCUCCUUGAUAUCAUAUUCCUAAAGGCAAUGACACCCACCGGUCGUGGUAAGAGUACAUUUGACAUGAGCUUCAAGGAAAGAUGGAUGAAUAUUUCACAAGCUGUCGAUCGGCAGAGAAAGGGGACCAAAGGAUUCGGCAAUGUGGCAUGCGUAACACCGAAGGGCAUUCACUUUUGUUCUACUCGUGGCGGCCCACUUACAGGACAAGAGGCGCUUGCAAUGCAAGGACUGCCACUUUCGCAAAUGAUCUUCACUCGAGAGACACAAGACGAGCUCCAGCAACUAGCUGGUAAUGCGAUGACUUCAACCGUUGUAUGCGCAGUCACAUUGGCGACGCUUAUCCAUGGCCAUCAAUUUCUGAAGGAGAGAGAAACUGACGAUCCUGAAAACAAAGAGAAGACGAAUGCUUUAGACUUUGAGGCCGAGCUUAAGAAAGCAAAGUUUGACGAGAAAGAGAUGUUUUGCAGUGAAGUUGCAAAGCCCUCAGAGGUUUUAGACCCCGAAGAACAGGUGUCUAACCUGUGCAAUGAUAUGGGUAGGAUGCAGAAAUGGGCAAGAGGCAGUUCUCGAUACUGCUACUGUGAAAAGCAAUCCGAGACUCGGUCGGAAAUCUUCAUGUGUAAUCUUUGUGGACACACCUCAUGCAACUCCUGUAACAGGGACCCUCCUCAUGGCCCAACGGCUAUGGCCUCGAUACAGCGCCUUGAACCACUUGAAUUCAUCAAGAGCUUGCGGAAAGAUCUGCCGAUGAGGCUCCGCUUGCCGGGGCUCGAUGGAAGUAUGUUUGAUCAAUUUCUCGAUCCAACCCUGAGUGAGAACGGCGGUAUCGACAUUAAUGAUGGCGCAAGCGAAGGCGAAGAAAGCAACGGAGAAGAAAAGACAAAAAAAUGUAAAAGGGGCAAUGGUACCGCCAAAAAGAGCUACGCCAAAAAAGCUAUCGUCAGACAGACCGUCGCCAAGAAGACCACCGGCAACGAGACCACUAGCACCAGAAGCAGCAAUAUUAUCCCCAAACCCGAUGAUCGGGAAAAAUACAGAAGUGUGAUUGGAGCUGCUGUCGCAGAUACCGUUAAUUUUGUUAACAUUAAGCGUGCAGAAUCCUGGGCUGUCUUUUACGAGGGACCCAAUAGCACGCUGCAGCUAGUAAUCGGCAGGAAAUCAAUCCAAUGGCUUUUCUUCGCUAAGCCGCCAGCCGAUUACCCUGCCCGAUGCUUGCUCCGAGAGAUAUUUGCGAAACCAAUUGCAAAAAUGACACCAAGAAUGACACCAGACCGAACGAUUCUUCAAGGUCGGUGGAAGAUCAGCCAGCCAAUCAGUACUCAAUCGUCGGUCACGAUCAGUGGGAUAGACAACACAUUGAGCUCUCGGCUUCCAGUAUACCCUGUUCGCUGUGGAAUUUCCGAAAAUUCCAUUACCCGCCAAAAGGUUUAUGAAAGGAUUUCGGUGAAGUCGAAUGGAAAUGAAUAUCUGGAGGAUCUAUGCGGCACCUACGAACUUUUGCCUAACUGCGGUACGGCCUUUGGCGCCCUCUACAAGAGGGUAGAGACCGAGGCGAGUAUAGAUGGAUACGAGGAUACACCCAUCUUCCUCUUCUUUGAUCCCCAGAAAUGUAGCGAUGUUAAACAUGAUUCGUUUGUAUUUGCGUUCGAACAUGAUCGCAUUUCAGGAUAUGCCCCUCGCAUUACAAUUGCCGAAUUAUCUCAUGAAUGGAGGCCGGAGAGUGUCACAGCCACCGACAAGCCUGUCAACCUUUUCUAUCGAGCAUGGCUAACUAAGCCGGAGGUUAUGCUGAUGGAAUUCAUCGAUUCUGAAGUGUCAUGUCAACCACUGAUCCCUCGGCCGACUGUGACUUUUGAUGGCGGAGACAACGGCCAUAGUUUCAGCCGUCUACUGAUUGCCAGCGGUCCCAUGGCGGUUUUCAACCUUCCUCCCCAGGACUCCACGCUCUGGAAACAUCAUAAUAUUGAAAGGUCCCCUGAGAUAUUGAAAGAAGCUGCCUGGGCUUUUGAAAGAUCUUCUUUGCAGAUGGGGCUUGAGGGAUGGAGAGACGUCACCGUCGAUGGAGAUAUUCAGCACCAACAGGGUACGAUCUGCGAAAUUUGCCAUCCUAAAAUGCCUGAACCUGGAAAUGAUCAAGAAGCAAUUGCCUACGAGCGCCUGAUGAAAACAAAGUGGCCAAAAUGGAUUAUUCGAACUCGCGAGCUCGAAAAUGACAACCUAGAACUCCAAUUCGCUCUCAACAUUCGGGCCAUGGCCCACACAGCCUGUCAAAACAUGCUUCCUUUGCUGAAAGGCAAGGCCCCUCAAAUCAGCUGGCGGCUCGAGUCGAACUACUUCGACGUGGGCAGAAAAUACCAUGGGAAGUUCCGGCUCAAGAAUACUGAGGAGGUCUCUCCUCGCAGGGGUCUACCAGCUUUUCUUCGCGAAGAGCAACAAAGAUCGUUGGAUUGGAUGAUUGACCAGGAAAGACCAAACAUUGAACCGUUCGUCGAGAUGGAAGUGGAUGAAGCCCCAUUGUCCGCACUUGCCUGGCGAGCUGAAGUUAGAGUUACUGUUGAGACGGUUAUUCGAGGCGGUCUCUGCGCCGAUGAAGUCGGCUUCGGUAAAACGGCGCUCAUGCUAGGACUGAUUUCCAGUCAGUGGGAGAAUGGGUGGAAUGACAGAAUUCCAAAUACAGAGUCUGGACUGAAGCAAACCAAUGCAACUAUCAUCAUCGCUCCAUCGAACAUCAUCGGGCAGUGGUCAGAGGAGACCGAGAAAUUUCUCACAAAAGACUAUCGGAAAAAGAACUUUGUUGUUGAUAUUAAAACGGCUGCCGACUUCAAAAAUCCCAAGGGUAAAAAGAAGAGAAAAUCUCAAAUUGCAGGGGCCAGAAUUGUUCUUGUGAGCCUCAGUGCUCUGGAUCAUUCUGAAUGUGUCGAGUUUCUGAAAAAAUACAGCUGGGCUCGGCUUGUCGUCGAUGAAUACCAUCUCUUAUGGGACAAUGGGAAGGGAUCCCGAUCGGAAGCCAUACUUUGUCUAAAUGCCUAUACGAAAUGGAUUUUGUCAGGCACGCCGGGGUUGGAGGACUUUGCUGAUGUCAAGACAAUUGCGAGGCUACUGGGGGCACACCUGGGGAUCGACGACGAUGGUGAUAUCGCAUCAGCCAACAAACGAUUGGCCUACACUCGAGAAAAGUACUCCCACUUGCAAAAACUUGAGAGGUUUCAACCCGUUCACAGCGAGGCCUGGUACAAGAACAGACGGAAUCAUGCCCAAGAGUUUCUUAAUCGAUUCGCGCGCCAGAAUUAUGUCGAGGAGAGGAUUCCAUUUGAUGCCUUCUAUGGCGGGUUCCAGCAAUCUGCAGAUGAACGACAUGUGUAUCUGAUCCUUGAAAGAUUCCUUAGGGAGCAGGGCAAUGGCGACAUCUCCGACCGGAGCAAUCGAGUACCCCCCCCAGCCUACAAGAUUGCUUUAAGGAACUCAUGA